CAUUUAUAAUUAAGAUAAAGUCUCUUUACAGAGUGCAAUACCAACGCAAUGCCGUCGGCGAUAAGCAUGGACAGAUCUGAAGAAACAACAGAUGAAAGCGGUAAAUCUAAAAAUAAAAUUAAAUGGAAAUCUUUGGAACACAAAGGGCUCAGAUUCUCACCGCCAUACGAAAGACUACCUGAAGGCAUUAAUUUCAAGUAUGACGGAAAAGUGGUAAAAUUAUCAGAAGAUGCUGAAGAAGUAGCGGGAUUCUAUGCAAUGUUAGAUAGAGAUAUUGUGAAAAAAAAAACUUUCCAAACAAACUUCUUCAACGAUUGGCGUGAUGUGAUGACACCAGAAGAACGAAAGUUAAUUAAGGAUCUUACUAAAUGUGACUUUACAGAGCUUGAAAAACACUUAAAAGAAAAAUAUAAAAAAAGAAAACAAUACGCUUAUUGUAAAAUAAAUGGUAGAGAACAAAAAUUAAGAAUUGCAAUGUAGAACGACGGGCCUGUUCUGCCCAAUAAAUAACAAUAACCUUAUGGGCAAGUUAAAGAAACGAAUAAAACCGGAAGAUAUUAUAAUCAACUGCUCAGAAGAUAAAAUUCCGGAACCACCACCAAGGCAUACUUGGAAAAAGUAGAACAUGACAAUAAAAGCAGUUGGCUAGCCAAGUGGAAUGAUAACUUAACGGGAAAAUACAAGUACAUAAUUCUGGAUGCGAGCUCCAACAUUGAACAAGAGAAAAAUAGAAAAAUAUAUGAAACUGCUAGAGAACCCAUAAACACAUAGCUAAAAUAAGAGAAAAUUAUCGCGCCGACUGGACAUCAUCUGAUCCUGAAGAUCGACAGCGAGGAGUAGCUAUGUAUUUUAUAGAUACUCUAGCUUUCAGAGUGGGCAGUAAUAAUACAAAUACGAUAACAAGAGAAGAUGAAGAGGA